AUGGAAUCUUUUUGUGCGGAAGAUGAGCUCAGCAGUGACCGAGAGCUAAUUGCCGUGGUCCGGGUAAAUAGAUUUUUGUACGACAAGACUGAAAAGUUAUAUUCCAAUGGAGAGGUGAAGGCCGCAGCAUGGACGCAGAUCGGCGCGAGCCUCACUCAUCCAGUAGAAGGUCUUGUUGCUGAAAAAAGAUUUUACGCCCUGAGGCAACGCUUUGGAAAAGAGCGGAGGAAGGUUGAGCAGUCUAUGCCGAGGUCUGGAGCUGGAGCGGAUCAGCCCAUAUACACACCAACUUGGAAGCUGUACAAGGACCUGACAUUCCUGGAGGACAUCAUCAAACCUAGAAGAACCUCAUCCAACUACAAGUCCAAAAUCCAAAAGAAGAUUUCUGCAAAUAAUCAAGUGCCACAACUUUGCACAAGUUCCUCAUUCACGUCUACGUCUGCUCCUUCUAAUGGUCAACAAGCCCAGACACAUCUAGUUCUUGGAAUUGGGACUUAUGUACAAGACUCGCAAGUAAGGAGAUUAAAAGACUCAUUGUCAGGUCUCCACAGUACUGAAAAGUCAGAUACUGAAAAUUCUAUAAAAGUAUCUGAGGAUUCCUGUUCGCCACUUCCUUUUGCAACAACACCUCUUGCUACACUAUCUCCUACAACACCAUCAUCUGCAGUUACUUCGGGAUCUGAAAGCAAUAAUGCAGUACCACAGGUGCAGAGAGCUAUGUCCAAGAUUGGCACCAAGCGCAAGGUUCCUCCUUCUGAUUCUUUUGCAACUAAAAAACGACAGGAGAUAAACGCUGUCAGUAAGUCUUUCAUUGAGCAGAGUAAGGGAUUGACAGAUUUUGCAGCGAAGAUCGGUGAAGCAAUUACGGCUCCACCUCCACAACCAAGUACUUCGUCAACAGUGGUCAGCAAUGCAUCUCCUGAUAUUCAGCCCAUGCUGAGUGCCAUAGGAUUCGCAUUAAAUGCGAUACCCAAGCAUGCUCUGCUUUAG